AUGGCCCAAUCAGUGCUAAGGAAAAUCGCCAUGAGCAACAUGCUAGUGAUGGUCGGUCUGACAAGACGAACCAGUUCUCGUAGUUUGACAACAGGUAAAAAGUUGGCUACAACAAAAGCCAACAGUGUCUUGCCACCGGAGAGGGAAGUCACAAAGUCUGUAUUUAUGUCCCAGUCUACUGACAUAUACACCAACUUGGCGUUAGAAGACUGGAUGUACCGCAACAUGGAUUUCAGUAACCACCAUGUGAUGAUGGUGUGGCGUAAUGAGCCAUGCGUUGUCAUCGGUAGACAUCAGAACCCAUGGCUUGAAGCUAAUGUUCCAUUUCUGAAUGAUAAAGAAAUACCUCUGGCUCGUCGCCACAGCGGAGGUGGAACUGUGUAUCAUGAUCGUGGAAACCUAAACAUCUCCUUUUUCACACCAAGAGACAGACAUGACAGAAAAUAUAACUUAGAAAUCAUAAAGAGAGCACUAUACAGAGAUUUUGGAAUUAAGGCCCUUAUCAAUGAACGUCACGACAUUCUUGUCAGAGACAAGUACAAGAUCUCUGGAACAGCUGCGAAACUGGGUCGUACAUCAGCAUAUCAUCACUGCACACUUCUAGUCAAUGCUAACAAAGCAGAUCUCAGUAAGGCUCUAGCAAAAAGAGAGCAUGGCAUACAGACAAAGGCGACUGCGUCGACGCCGUCCCCCGUGGUCAAUUUGGUGGACGUGAACAAUAGAGUCACCGUGGACAAUCUACAAAUUGCUGUGGGCUACGAGUUCCUCAGAACGCCAGCCCUUCAUUUGGAAGACGGCGGUGAAAAUCAGAUCUCAAAACAAAGAGGAUUCCAGUUUAUAAAUCCAACAGAAGAUUGGUUCCCAGGACUUUCAGAAUUGAAGAAUGAACUGCAGACAUGGGAAUGGUCAUUUGGCAGAACACCCGAGUUCACCGUGAGCAGAUCUUUCCCUGUACCGGAAGAUUUACUUGCUCCUAGCAAAGUUUACUCGGCUACUCAAGAGCUAACUAUUAGUAUGACGGUGGAGAAAGGCCUUAUUAAUGACGUCACACUGAAUAUACCGCCGGGUUUGGUUGAAUCUGGCUUCCACGGAGAAGCCUCUGUCAUCACACACCUUAAAGGCAAGAGGUUCACAUCAGAGGCCCUCACUGCCCUCCAAGAGGCAAUGCUUCGUCACACCGAUGGUGAAGUCAGGAAAUUAGAUGACAAAGAACAGUUUGUAGCUAAAUGUUUUGACCAAGUCGUGAACACUAUCUAG